AUGGGCCAGGAUAGCGCCAAUGCGGGCGGCCAGUCCACCGUGUUGCGCGAGUUGCGGAAGCGCAGCGGAAGCGCCGCGAAGAACUACCUCAAGAAGCUGAAGCGGAAGCAAAAGCCCGUCGGUGAACCGGAGUUGGCCGAAAAGCAGUCGCGAACCGCGCGUCUGCGCGAUGUGCUGCGGGACCAUUUUGGCGACCUGGAGGCGCUGCAGAAGGAUGCGGAAUCCGUCGAUGUCGAGUACGUCGUGCCCACGGGUGUGGGUGGCGAGUUCCAGGAGGUGUUCGACCGCUUCGCGCAGCUUGAGCGCAUCUCUUUGGACCUCGAGCCUACGCCCGAAGAGCCGGAGGCGCCAGUGGAGAACGAGUUUGACUCGUCCGAUGAGGACGAGGUGGACGAGUCGCGCCGCACGAUGGGCAGCAAGAAGAAGCUCAAAUUGAUGAACCGUCCCACCCUGGCGCAGCUCAAGCAGAUCGCCGACAAACCGGAGGUAGUGGAGUUCUGGGACACCACCGCGGCUGACCCCAAGUUUUUGGUUUGGCUGAAGGCGCAGCGAAACUCCGUACCCGUCCCGUCGCACUGGAGCGAGAAGAUGCGUUACAUGCAGACACGUCGCAGCUACGACAAGCCUGCGUACAAGCUGCCGCCGUAUAUUGAGGACACCAAGAUUGCGGAAAUCAGGUCGGCUCUGAGGGAGAAGGAGGCCAACAAAACGCUGAAGCAGAAGAUGCGCGAGAAGGUGCGACCCAAGUCGCACAGGAUGGACAUCAACUACCAGAUUCUUCACGACGCUUUCUUUAAGUACGCCACGAAGCCCGCGAUGACCAGGUACGGCGAUGUGUACUACGUGGGCAAAGAGAUGGAGCUGCGUAUGCGCCACUACAGGCCAGGUCACAUGAGCGACCGGCUGAAAAAGGCUCUGGGUGUGGGCGAGAACGCGCCGCCGCCGUGGUUGAUCAAUAUGCAACGCUUUGGGCCGCCGCCGAGCUACCCGAACCUGAAGAUCCCCGGCGUGAACGCGCCGCUGCCGGAAGGGGCCUCAUUCGGGUUCCACGCCGGGGGCUGGGGGCAGCUGCCAACGGACGAUUCCGGCAACCCCAUCUUCGGCUACAUUGACUCCACGUACUACGAGGACGGCCACAUUAACAAGGAGCUCUGGGGCGAGUUGCCGAAGGAUGAGACCGACGACGAUGCCAGCGAGUACUCGGACUCUUCUGACGACGAGAAGGCUGAGGAGGGUACUGCCGUCGUAGCGCCGUCCGUGGAGACGCCGAUACCCGUCGUUAGCACCGGGUUGGACACUCCACUUGACAUGCGUGCUCCCGCCGAUCCGCCCAGGGCAGUGCCGCGCAAAGCGUACACGGUUCUCGAGCCCAAGGCCACCAAUCGCAGUGCGAAUGCGCUGUUCGGGUCGCAGAUUACGUACUCGAUGCCGCCAGUUGCGACGCCAAUUACACCAGUCACCGGCAAGGCCGGCGCCGCUACGCCGCUGGGAGGCAUGGUAACGCCGUCUCUUCAGGCCGACGGCGCGAUGAGUGCCGACGGGGUGAUGCGGCAGCUCAAGUUCUACGAAAACAAGGCCAAAUCGGUUCAAGAGGCUGCCGGCCAGAUCGUCACCGAGGCUGCGGAGCCGAAGCGUGCGAAGAAAAAGAAGGAAUUCAAAUUCUAA